CGCGCGGGAGGGUCCGACCCCGCAGCCCGACGAGGGCGAGCGGCGGCGGGUGGGCGAGCUGGGCAAUAGGAAACGGUUUAUGAGGAGGGAGUGGUGGAGCCGGGCCAGGCAGGAAGGCGCUGGGACAGCAAGCAGUGGCUCCGGCCCCUUCGCAGCCCGGGGAGGCCCGCGCGGAGCGAGCAGCGAGCGGCCCGUCGUGGGGAGCCGGCCCCGCCGCGCCCCGAGCCCUGCUGGCAGCCCUGGCCCAGAGGCCCUAGAAUAUACAUUUCAUUGUUUGAGGCCACAUGCAGCUGUCACGGCUUACUCUAGACUCUCUGCUUCAGGAUCACUUCUGGUAGGGAUUGGGAAGCCAUAUGGAUGCUGAGAAUCAUAUCCAGGACCAUGACCUCCGAGCUCCCCAGGAGAAGCCUCCUGCUGCUACUGACAGCCUUGGGUCUGACCCCAGGCAACCCUGUAAAGCCCUCUCGGGGCCCAAUGGUGACAUGCACGUGUGAGAAUCCACAUUGCAGGGGCCCGACCUGUCAGGGGUCCUGGUGCACCGUGAUGCUGGUAAGGGAGGAGGGCAGACAACCCCAGGAGCAUCGGGGCUGUGGGAAUCUACACCAGGAGCUCUGCAGAUCACGGCCCACCACAUUUGUCAGCCACUACUGCUGCUACAAAUCGUUCUGCAAUCACAAUGUGACGUUGGUGCUUGAAGCCACCCAAACUCCAGAUCAUCCCGAGCUUGAUGGUCAGCUGCCUCUGAUCUUGGGUCCUAUACUGGCCUUGUUGGUCCUGGUGGCUCUGGGCACCUUGGGCCUAUGGCAUGUCCGGCGGAGGCAGGAGAAGCAGCGGAGCCUGCUCAGCGAGUUGGGCGAGUCCAGUCUCAUCCUGAAGGCCUCAGAGCAGGGGGACAGCAUGUUGGGGGACUUUCUGGACAGUGACUGCACCACGGGUAGUGGCUCAGGACUCCCCUUCCUGGUGCAGAGGACAGUGGCACGACAGGUGGCCUUGGUGGAAUGUGUGGGAAAGGGCCGUUAUGGGGAGGUGUGGCGAGGCCUGUGGCAUGGUGAGAGUGUGGCAGUCAAGAUCUUCUCCUCCAGGGAUGAGCAGUCCUGGUUCCGGGAGACAGAAAUCUACAACACAGUGUUACUCAGACAUGACAACAUCCUAGGCUUCAUUGCCUCGGACAUGACUUCCCGCAAUUCCAGCACGCAGCUUUGGCUCAUCACUCACUACCAUGAGCACGGCUCUCUCUACGACUUUCUGCAAAGGCAAACGCUGGAUCCCCAGCUGGCCUUGAGGCUAGCAGUGUCUGCAGCCUGUGGCCUGGCACACCUGCACGUGGAGAUUUUUGGCACGCAGGGCAAGCCGGCCAUAGCCCACCGCGACCUCAAGAGCCGCAACGUGCUGGUCAAGAGCAACUUGCAGUGUUGCAUUGCUGACCUGGGCCUGGCUGUGAUGCACUCCCAGAGCAGCGAUUACCUGGACAUCGGCAACAACCCUCGAGUGGGCACCAAGCGGUACAUGGCUCCUGAGGUGUUGGAUGAGCAGAUUCGCACAGACUGCUUUGAGUCUUACAAGUGGACUGACAUCUGGGCCUUUGGCCUGGUACUGUGGGAGAUUGCCCGGCGAACCAUUGUCAACGGCAUUGUGGAGGACUACCGACCCCCUUUCUAUGAUGUGGUGCCUAAUGACCCCAGCUUUGAGGACAUGAAGAAGGUGGUGUGUGUUGACCAGCAGACGCCCACCAUCCCCAACCGACUAGCUGCAGACCCGGUCCUGUCAGGAUUGGCUCAGAUGAUGCGGGAGUGCUGGUACCCCAACCCCUCUGCUCGCCUCACAGCUCUAAGGAUCAAGAAGACACUGCAGAAACUCAGCCACAGUCUGCAGAAGCCCAAAGUGAUUUACUAGCCCAGAUCCUGAGCCUGGUUUCUCUUUGCCUGUAUCUGGUGGGAGCAGAGGGUGGUGGGGUGUGGGGACCCAUCUGUGCAGAGGGGAUGUGAGUGUAUGGGUUAGGGAGGGGUGAUUGUGUCUGCCCAGCUCACCCCAUCCCCUGCCAAAAAUACAGCUGGGCUGAAAUCUGAUCUCCACUGUCUAGCCAGCUCCAGGCAGCAGGCGCCCUGACUGGCUCCAUCCCCACCCCCCAGCCCCAGCCCCCUGCCUCCACCAAUUCCAGGACUAGAUGCAAAGAAGGCUUCAAAUACUGUGCUGGCCUAACCUGAGAAUCACAGGCCCAAGCCCCCACCCCCAUCAUACCUGCAUUUUAAGCCUUCCUUGGGAGAUUCCCCAUGGUCCUACCAGCACACACGGUCUGGUAAGGUCUUAUAGAUAUCCAGCUCUUCCAGGCCUCAACCUUUGGCACAAGCUCUAGACAGCCAGUCUCAUCAGUUUCUUUUUGCAGCCUGGAACUCACUUCCUUACCCCUUCCCCUCUCUUUCUCUCUGACAACUCUCUCUGAAUGCCAACUGACUAGUGAGCUGGGGCCUGAUUAUCGAUCCCUCAUCCCUCAUGCUCGCUGACAAACUAGACCAAAGUAGGGAGGGUCAUUUGCCAGUGAAGAGGUGUCAGGAGCAAGAGAUAAAGGCCAGAACUUUUAGAAUAACAAGUCAUGGCAAAGCCAGCAUACCUGGGGGAUGUCUAGGAGGCAGAAACCCUAGUCAGGUCCUAGGUGCUGGCUUUAUGUGAGAAGGAUGAGGCAUUCUCUGUCCUUGGACCUGAAAGGUUUGAAAGAUUUGGUCUUGAUGUACUUGAGGUCUUUUCAGCUCUAAUAGUCUGAAAGUUCAGCCUGGUUCUGAGCUGAGUCAUACUUACUUCUUCUAUUCCUUGGCACUUUGCCUCAAGAUGGAGAUUUGAAAAUAACUUUAUUAGAGGCCAGGAAUAGUCUCUUUCUACAAGCCCCAUUCCUAGCCAAUCUGUAGAAGGCGCUGGCCUUGAGUUCAGGCCAACUACGCUGGCCAAUAAGUCAGCCAUAGAACCCUCUGUGGCUUAGCCUCUUCCACCCCAGAUAGGGACUAUGGAGCUUCUUAUAGGACCUCCAAGGUUCAGAAGAAAUUUAGCUGCAGUCAUUAAGCCUCUAGCACCCAUGCUCCUCUUCUCACUUGCCCCUGGACAGGCUGUAAAUGAACCAGGUUUUAGGGUUUCUUGAACAUUUCCCCAGCACCUUCCCAGGCCUGACUCCCAGCAUUGCACAAGAGGACAACCAGAAAGUGAAACAGGGUGAAAAGAGACUACAGGCAUGUGCUUUCCCACAUCAUCAAACCUGUGUGUCCAUGGCCUGUUACAAAUGUGGGCUACAAACCUACCGUCUGGGAAUUGGGG